AUGGCAACACUAACACACCUGCAGAUUAUCAUCGGCGUCGAUACCAAAGAUCUAGGCACCAAAAAUGUAUUGGCUGCUGCCGCAUUUUUCGGCGUCGCAUACGAUUUCAAAAUUGCAAAGGGUGGAUGCUGCGGAUCUGAGGGAAGGAAGGAUGAAUUCAGCGAACUGAAGCCUUCUGUAAGCGUAGAACUUUGUGGAGGCCUAGGAACAUUCUGUGGAGCACUCUCUAUAUGCCGCCAUUUCAUGGAACAACACAAAAAGGGGGACUCAGCUGAAGAACUAUUCAAACGCAGUGACGCAACCUCGUGGAUCGAGUUCUUCUACGAAAGACUAGAUGUUGGAAGCCGAUGCCCAGCAGUCACGAAAGUUGAUGCUUCCAGCACCUCAGACCUCGCAAAAUGCCUCAAGACCAUUGACGCCUUCCUGCUAUCACGCACAUUCCUUGUCGGUGAGGCAAUCACUGUUGCCGAUAUUGUAUGCGCCGUGACAGUGGAACAUCUGGUUGCCAUCGGAAAGCUUGAUGCCCACUUCUUGGAGAAAUCACUAGGUAGCCUCGCUCGUUUGAUACGUACCGUCAAGGAACAGGAUGCCUUCGUUGCAUACACCAAGAAGCUAGGAUCACUGGAAUCUGGAGCAGCGGAAGAAUCCUCAUUCGUCGUAGACACAUGGAAAAAAACAUACAGCAACUGCAAGGGUGACCUAGAAAAGGAAGUGAUGCCCUGGCUAUGGGAAAAUGUCGACUACGACAACUGGAGCUUCUACUUCAUGAAGUACAACAAACUAGAAGAUGAAUGCACUUCGGAUAUCUUCACAUCCAACAUGUUGAGUGGAUUCCUACAACGGUUCGAGCCUGAGUUCAGACGUAUCUCAUUCGGUGUUAUUAAUGUCAUGGGAUCCAACGGAUGCUUUGACAUCAAGGGUGUAUGGCUCAUCAAGGGCAAAGAGCUUCCACCAAGUGUUACCGAACACCCAUCGUUCGAGUUCCACACGUUCACCAAACUCGAUGCUAAGAACGAAGCAGACCGCAAGGUAAUCACCAACUACUUCUGCGCAGAGGAUUCCAUCGAUGGUGUGGCUAUUGCCGAUGCCAAGGUAUGGAAGUAA